AUGAUAGGUGAUAAGAAUGUAAUGCUAGGACGAAACUUCGCGAUGCUUGAGAAACGCUCGUGGCAAAAACUCCUGCCGAUCGCGCUCGCCCUGAUCACAAUCACCUUCAUAUGGAAAGAACUGAGCGACCUGCUAGGCCCCCCAACCGCCUCCCAAGCCCCUUCAUCGCCUUCCUACACGCUCUUAACGCGCGACUCCGCCUCCUCCACCGCCUCCACCGCCUCCCGCCUGCCCGACGACGACUACAACAAGCUAAUCGAUCUAUCUUUCGAUUUCACAUCGCUGAACUCCGAGCCCUGCAACUCCUCGGUGUUGCUGCUGGUGCUGGUGCACUCGUCGCCCGGCAACGGCGCCAAGCGUCGGGCGAUCCGCGAGACGUGGGGCCGUCGCGACGCCGACGUGCGGCUGGUGUUCGCCGUGGGCGGCGUCGAGGAGGCGGCGUCGCGGCGCUCGCUGGACGCCGAGCAGCGACUACACGGGGAUUUAGUACAGGGUAGUUUCUUGGACUCUUAUAGAAAUCUCACUUACAAGCAUGUGAUGGGGUUGAAGUACUUCGUGUAUCACUGUCCGCAGGCCAAAUACGUUUUGAAGACUGAUGAUGAUGUGUUCGUUAAUAUGCCGAGUAUGAAGAAUUUUUUGAGGUACGAUUUAUCGCCUUAUGGGGUCGGUGGGGGGUUGUUUUGUACGCCGAGAUAUAACAGUUUGGUGUUGAGGUCGUACCGGUCGAAAUGGCGGGUGUCUUUCAGCGAGUACCCGGAGAAAUUUUAUCCUACUUACUGUCCAGGUUGGACGUUGUUGUACUCGCCAGAUGUGGCGUUGGGGUUGUACAAAGAGGCGCAAAUUUCGGAGUAUUUUUGGAUCGAUGAUAUACAUUUGACGGGGACUUUGACUAGGAGGUUGAAUGUCACUCAUACGGACAUCGAGAGGUUGGUGUUGUCCGAUAAUAAGGUUUAUUAUAUUUUCUAUUAUCCGGCGGGGGAAGUGGCGCCGUUUUUGUACGGGAGGGAGUUGAACGAGGGGCAGAUUAGGGCGUUGUGGGGGUACGUGGUGAAGAGGGAGGCGCCGAAGUUUAUUUUUCGGAAAUUUGGGUGAAUGAAUUGUUUGUGAAUGGGAUUUUUUUUUGAGCGUCUUUAUUAAACUUCUGUCAUACGAAACGUCGUUGAUGUCAAUUUUGAUUUAUUGGGGAUUUUUUUGAGCUAGUGAGCUUUGAAUAUGUAUGUACUAAAAAUGAUGUUAUCGAGAUUAGUAUUUAAUCGUUACGAUUGCGAGAUUAUUUUUUCAUAAAUUUUAUGAUAUUGUGGCGAUUAUGUAGUUUUUUUGAAGUCAAUUUAAUUGUUUGUUGGUUAGUAAUAAUUUCAACAAUGUCUACAUUUUGUAAUAGUAGCAAAUUUGUAAUUACUAUACAUAAUACAAAGUAGAUAUAUUUUUAGAUUCCUAUUUUUUGAGUUCAAUGACAAUUAAAGCUCUAUUUUAUUGACAUUUUAUAGUAAUAGUCUAAUAGAGUUAUUAAACUGACUUUGGGAAUACUAUACACGAAAAUGUCUAUUAAGUGCAAUUUUAUAUUUACAAUUAGAUAGAAAUAUAGAGCAUUCUAGUUAUAUUAUAAAAAUAUAUUGUGAUACUAAAUCGAUAAGUUUUUUGUUUAUUGAAAACAGUCGUUUGGUAAUAUAAUUUCAAAUUUCAUAUUUUUUUUCUUUUAAUGUACAAACUUUUAAGAGAUUAUUUUUAUUAAACCUUUAGAUUUUAUCAGCUUAGGAUAAGCAGUGAAUAUAAAUAAACACAAACUUUUAGUGUACUUAAGUUUCGUAAAUAAAUAAUGAAAUAUUUUUGUUACAUAUGGGUAAGUGCAAAUUUGUUCGCAAUACGAGAUGAACAAAGAAAGGUUAUUGAAAAAACCAGCGGAUUAGAGCGAGAAAUUUGCAAUCAACCCACAACAUCACCCUUUUUUUCCCCUUUAUACAGGGUGUCCCAAUGAAACAAAUUUAAAAGAAGAACCUGUAUAAGCUAAUAAAAGUUAUUUUUGUAUUGCCUACAAAUUUGCACUUAUCUAUUUUAAACCGACUUAUUUGGCUUGUUUAAAUGUGUACUUUAAGCGUAUUUAUUUACAAAACUCUAGCGACAUGUAAAUAUGUAAUUUGUAGAUAAGUUAUUUCGAAAAUAAUCCUCUUAUAAAUUCCCCGUUGUUAGAAUACACCGAGAAAAAUGUGCCAAUAUUUGCC